GAGGGUGAGGGUGAAUUGGCGAAGAGUGCAGCGGACAGGUGCGGAGUUCGGAGAGGAGUGAAGAGGAAAGGAAUAACCAAGAUCAGCGUGGACGACAGAAGAGUGCGGGCGCGCGGUGUCCUUAUUUUCUCCCUGGAGGAUAAAGACGCGCGACGGCAUUCAUGUUCCUCGGCAAUUGCAGUAUGGAAGACUUGAGUGUAAGCGUCGGCGACACGAGCAGCGGCACGAACACGAGUGGCACGAGCACGAGUACGAGCAGCAGCAGCGCGGGCCCGGUUAAUCCGAGCGCCGGCGACAUGGACUGGUUCGCGGGCGUCGCCGAGGAGGAGCUGCUUUACUAUUCGAGCCUCGGCAACGAGCUCGACUCCCUCUUCGCCGUCGUGGGGAGCUUCGUACCACCGCCCCCGAGGCCACCCUACCUUCCGGAAGAGACACUACCGACGGACGGCCUCACUACGUGCGACCUGUGUUCCUGGGCCUUGAGGAACGACAGGUACUCCUUCUCCCUGGACGGGACCCUCGAAGCACCUGGCGAGCUCGGCUGGGUCCUCACCCUGGUGAUAGUCUCGCUAAUUUCGGCGGGCAUCGGCGCCGUCGUGAUGGUCACGCUCCUCCAUUGUCGGAGGCUCAAGAGCGCCGGUGGCAGAGCGAGCUGCUGCAGUGUGGCACUGGAACGCGCUGGGGACCAGGACGCCGGCAACCCCGGCGGGGGAGUCGUCGUGGGUACGGCGUCCGUUGGCCUUGCCGUCAUACCAGAUAGGCCGCCCCUCGAGCUGGACAAGCUGCCGCCGUAUCACGACGUAGCGCCCAACCCUGGACACAACGUCAAUGUCUGGUCGUGGUUGGGCUCUCGUCGAGGCGGAGGUCCUCCGGGCUGUGUGAGCACCUCCCUCACGCUUCCUCAGCACCGGCGGGCUCUCAAUCUUCCCGUCGAGAACCACUACACCCACAUGCAGACUGACGAGGCCCUUUACGCGGAGCUGGACUCGCAGGCGGCGAGUUACGCGAGCGGCUCCGAGGACAAGCACUACCACGAGCUCGACGCGGUCGGGCUUCAUAGGCAGCACCAGGACACUGCCGUCUGCACGCGACACAGCCAAAGGUUAGGGGAGUCGGAUUACGAGAUGUACGAGAAUGGACCGACAACGGCGAUAGGACCGCCACACCGUCACCACCACCACCACCUCCACCAUCAUCAUCAUCACCUCCACCAUCACGCGAUGAGCAAGCAGCAACAGCAGCAACAGCAGCAGCAGCAGCAGCACGACGCCGAGCCCGAUGGACCCUCGACGCUAAGCAGCGCCCCGAGCAGCGCCUAUUACAGCGACCUGAGCUCGAACUCGGUGCACCAGCAGCUAGUAGUGACCUGUGCUGCGGCACCCGAAGGCGAUGCUCCACCCGUAUACGAGAGCGCCUCCCAUUACAGACUGACGGCCAUUCACGAGGCGGCCACAUGUCCAUCGGACUAUAUAUGA